CAAACAGAACAAUAAUACUGACAUAGACAGACACAAAAACACAGGAUCCAUUGGUAGAUACAAAGAAUAAGCCUGAGCAUAUGGAUAAGAAAGUGACCACUGAAGAUGUUAAUGAGCUCAGAUUUUCCCACUGCUACUCCAAAACAAGGGACAAAGUUUUCAUGGUUAGAGCCACAAACGGACCCAGCUCUCAAAUUUUCAGGGUGACUACAGUGAUCCUUGGGAUACUGUGUGCUGUAUUGAUGGCCACUGUAAUCGGUCUGUGCAUCAGCUUUAAAGGACUCACCGAGAAGCACAUUUUACUGUCACAGAAUUCAGUGGCAAACAACAACCUGACGCUACUGAUGACCAACUAUGCCCACCUGACCUCAAGCCUCAUGACGUUGCAGACAAACUAUCAGGAAGUCAUCAGUUUCAAGGACAGCAUGCAGAGAGAAAGAGAUAGGGACAGGCAGGUGCAGAACCUUCUGCAAGAACAGAAGGAGUCCCUGCUGAGCAAACAAGCAGAACUUCGUUCACGUGUCACUGAACUGGAACAAAGCUGUUCACGUUGUCCAGCGGGAUGGGAGCUUCUGCAGUCCUCCUGUUAUUUCUUCUCUCCGGUUGAUACUCGUGAAAGGCUAUCAUGGUAUCAGAGUCGUGAGAGAUGCAACACAUCUGGAGCUGACCUGGUGGUGAUAGACAGCCAAGGAGAGCAGGAGUUUAUCCAGAGAAUCUUAAAGGGAAAGAGGGUAAGCCCUGGCGAAGGAUACUGGAUAGGACUGAGCGAUGUCCAAACAGAAGGAGAGUGGAAAUGGUUGGAUGGAACAGAGCUAACCCAAGGGUUCUGGUUGGAUGGGGAACCGAAUGAUCAGCAUUCUAGAGAAGAUUGUGCUGGUACCUACAAAAAAGAAAACCCCUUAAAGACCUGGAAUGAUGCUCCAUGUAGCUACCCAUUGAAAUGGAUAUGUGAGAUGAAGAUGAAUGAGCCCUAGACAUCAUACACAAAAUAAUAGUGGCUGGGGUUCUAUAUCUGGAGAAACAUUAAAAUAUAUCACCUUAAUCCCCAAAACCCAGCAGUUUUUCAGAAACUGCUGAAGAAUACAGGACACUAAAUAUACACAUCGCACAGCUUUUAGGAUGAGUAAAAUGUCAAUGCUAUGAUUUAUUGAGCAAAUUAAUCCACACAAACACGCACAAAGAAACAUCUGAAUUUGCAAUUACAAAAAAUGCAGUGCUCUCAACCCAGAAUUCAGAACUGAUUCAGAACUGGAAUGCAAGUAUACCGCCCACAGUAGGGCCAUUGAACAGAAGAUUGAUUAAAGGAAAAAACACCAUUUAUUAAUAAGAAUAUUAAAUAUAUAAUAUAUAUUAAUAUCAAUGUAACACCACAAUUGCAGAAAUCACCAUGCCUACCAGGAGACUGUUGAGCAGUUAACAGUAGCUGAAUGUUUCAUUAGGCUUCCCUUCAGUGCCAUCCAAAGAAAACUCCCACAUUUCACACUACCCUCCAGUCUACCAGUAAGUCCUGGUCAGAACAUCCACUGUUCACCCAUCACCAUGAGAACCACCCUCCCCAGCACACACAGUGGCAGGAGUAUUAUUUCUUAGCGCAAUUGCAAGUGGGCAUGCCCUAAUGAUUGUACUCGUCAUUUCCGCAAAUAGGUCUCAUGUAAUGGUCCUUUUUAAGCAAUAUUAAAGAAAUAAGGUCCUGCUGUAAUUAGUCCUCUCUAAAAAAAAAUAUGGUUGAAAUCAAAUCAGUGCUGUCAUCAUGAUAUGUAACUUAAUUUUGUAUUCCCUAAUUUAGUCUAAUUUUGUUGUUUUUGUCCUGCAUAAUUGUAUUCAUUAUUCAUAAGAAUCUGGAUCACUUGCCAAUGGGACUGCAACAGAAAAUUAGCUCUGGAGCUAAAUCUGGCCCUCCAUGCAUUGAUGUGACUACUGAUAUGUUGAUUGCUGUGCACGGUCUCAUAUAUAUAAAUAAAGACGGUUAUCUUUAAUUUGAGGGUAUUUACAUUUAUUUCCACGGUUCUAUCUGUAUAACUUAUUUUAAGAUGGCAUUGCUUAGUUCCUUAUUUGGUAACACGUAGGCG